UUCUAUUGACAUUUAGUUGGAUUACUUUAAAUAGAUUCAAUUGUCCGACAUAGUGAUAAUAAUAACAAUUCAGUAUCAUUUUCAUUUAAACUGCGGUUGUACAGCACGGACGAUUUAAACAUUUGAAAGCGGGAUAUAAAUGAGAGCAUUUUUUAGCAAGAGAGUACACACCAUUAACUUCUGGUUCCAGAGACAUGCGACUCCGUAUACCACAAUCAAUUCGGUGCUUGUAAUCACAAAUCUAAAAAAAGAACAACACCUAUUUAUUAUUUAUACAAGUAUCAGCCGUUCAAUGCUGCCUUACACCGCCUCAUUGCUUCCUCGUCCUAAGAUUAGAAAAAAAUCAAGUCUAACUCGCUCCGUUCAUCGCCUCUUAUCGAUAAAGAUCCGGUGCAUGUCAAAGAUUAAAAAACAAGUAUACGCCUCCACGCAUAGCUUCAACAGAAUGCGAUACUUGCGCAGGCCAAAUGAUAAGAUGUGGUCAUCUUUGUAUAUAAUCUAGAUAUACACGCGGACAAUGUUGUUGAGCCAAAAUAUCAUAAGCACAUCCGUCACCGAUGGCGAAGUUACGACCAGCAGACAAUUUAUUCCAGAAAUGAGCCACAUAUGAUUGCCUAAGUUGCUUUAACACUGAUUUCGCCUUCUUCGAUUCGAAAAAAUCUUCCCAAUACGGAUAACGAAUAGCAUAAAAAAGUUUAUGGUCAUGUAUAUGGAAACCUUUGCAAGUCCUAAGAUAUGGCAUCUUUCGGAUUUCCGUUGAAUUGCAAAUUUCACAUGCAAUAUUUGUUAUCACGCCCGGACCCCAGUUGAUGCCCGAACCCGUCGGGAGAGAAAUUUAUUACGCCAGCAGCUACAUUAAACUUACUCUCGAUCCCGGCGUAAUUAGGCGGUAAAAGUUCGAGAGAUUUCAACGUUAUUGUAUCGGUAUCCAAUAAUAAAUUCUACCAGUAACAAUGACGGAAUGAUAAUAGUGGCAGCAAUCAUCGAAGCCCAAGCUAUGCAUGUUCAUCGGCUCUAACGUCAUCGUCCUCGUCUGAUGAAUCGGAUGAGGAAGAUUCCAUUUAUAUAAGUGAUGAUAUGGGCGAACAGCAACAACAACAAGAACAAGAACAGCAGCAACAAAAAGUCAAUUCCAACGAUUAUUACAUAUCAAAUGAAAAUAUUAUUAAUAACAACAACUAUAACUAUAAUAAUUUCAAUGAAAAUCUUAACAAUAA